CUCAUAAAUCAUGGGAUAUAGUUGGACGGGGUCUUGAUUCCAUUCCAUUCAUUGUCCAUGGCGUCUCAGGCCCACACUUCAAAUUACGGCCUACAAGAGCACGACCAUGUUCACCUGGACCUUGACCCGCUCGUAUACGUUACCUGGUCUGCUGCAAGACUCCCUGUUCGCUGCAUCCAUAUACGUCGGAUGGAUGGAUCUGCUGGAUCUGCCGUGGAUUCUGAACAAGCUUGCUGCGCAGCCAACGGCUGGCGCCGCUCUUAACGAAUCGUCUCGUCAUCCCCUGUCCAUGUCUUUAACUACAUAGCAUGGGCAAAUGACCGAGAAACACAAAUAAAAUGACUUAAUCUUCAUUCAAUUUGAGCAGGUAGGCAUAUAACCAAUAGCUUUUGCUCAGUUGUCUCCAAAUGCUGGGAAGGGCAACUGAGUAGCAAGGAUUCGAGCUGCCGGAAAAUGACCGCUGCAUACUCGUGCAGUUUCUUGCAAAGAGGCGUGACUCAUUAACUGUGUUUGAGCACGGGUAUCGCUGUUUGAUCGGGGUAUUAUCAUACGCUUAGAAUGAGCAUCAAU